AUGGACCGGAAACGCCUGCGGGGCAAGCAGCCUCGUGGCGAUGGCGGCCCAGAGCUGGCCCCACUCGCGUCACAGGCAAACCUGGUCGUGCCGCCGCUGGCAGACCCGGCGGUGCUUACGCUGGCCCCAGUGGCUUUGAGCGAGUGGUUCGCCGCCGUGCUCAGGCGCGCUCCUCCCGCGUGCCAUCCGCCGUCGCCCCAGUGCGUUCUGAGGGGCCUGGCUGCGGGGGGCGCUGUUGACGGAUCGGAGUUUGCCGGCUUGGGCGUCCAGGAGCUAAAGGACGUGUGGCCGUGUCUCCACGGGCUUCGAGACGAGUUCGCGGCGGCCUUGUCCAACGUUUCGGCCCGCGCCGCGGUGGGGCCGCCUGCCGCGCAGACCGAGGCCCGCGCCCAACGGGGCGCGCUUGCGCCGGCGGCCAGCAAGUUUCCCCCAGCAAAAGGUGGCGGCCGCGCCACUUGGUUUCGGCUUGCGUGGGAGAAGCACCACGGUGGCAUCCCCGGCAAUCCGCGGGAGCGCGCGGCCCAGAUCGGGCCCGACAUGGCCGGGCUCAUGGCAACGCAGGAGCUCCUCAGACGCGAGUUGCUCGCGUGGCACCGGAGCGCAUGCAAGCAUGCUUCUCCAGUGCGCCUGUGGGGGCAAGUGGCCCGGAACCGGGGGGUUGAUGCUCGGCCCCCGUCGGAGCCAGUGCUCGGGGCAUUCGCAUUUGCAGUGCAAAACGGUGCCAGUUUGAUGACCUACUGCACGCAGAUCCGCGCUGUGCUCCGGCUGCUCCACAUGCCGCUGGGGUGCCUGGAGGACACGUCGUGUUUGGCGCGUGGUGCGAGCAAAGCGGCUGUGGCCACUCGGCGGUUCCGAGCGCGGGCGUCGGCGCGACAGACACGUUCCUUGGCGCAGCACGUCCAGGAGGUUCUGGGCGAUACCGAGACAGCGGAUGUGUUCGUAGUGGCGAGGCAGUUUUGCUUCCGAUUCGCGUCCGAACUGGUGCCUCUGCAGGCAGACGGGCCCCACUCCAAGGUAGUCCUGUCAACCGUGGACGGCGUGCCGACGGCCAGCGUGCACCUGCAUCGGCGCAAGACGUACACUGAGACGACG